AUGAAGAGGUCCAGCGACGAUCUGGUUAAGUACUUGGUGUCCCUGGGUCCCGGAGACAAGUCCGACAGGUUUCUGUUCCCGAUUUUCGUAGAAUUUUGCCUGGAGGAAUUUCCGGAUAAGAUCAGAAGGUUCCGAAAAAUGGUGGACUCAGCCGACAUGACUCAGCCCCACACUUGGUUCCCUUUCGCCAGGGCCAUGAAACGUAAGAUCAUCUAUCACUGUGGCCCCACCAACAGUGGGAAGACCCUUCUCACCGGCCAGGAGAAGAAGGACUUCCCGUUCUCGAACCAUGUUGCUUGCACAGUUGAGAUGGUCUCGACUGAUGAAUUGUAUGAUGUUGCAGUUAUUGAUGAAAUCCAGAUGAUGGCUGAUUCUUGCCGGGGCUAUGCGUGGACGCGGGCCUUACUCAGGCUUAAAGCCGAUGAGAUCCAUCUGUGUGGGGACCCAAGUGUUCUGAAUGUGGUGAGGCGAAUUUGUUCGGAGACUGGGGAUGAACUUGUGGAACAGCACUAUGAAAGAUUCAAACCUCUGGUGGUUGAGGCAAAAACCCUGUUGGGGGACUUGAAUAAUGUGAAUCGGGAGAUUGUAUUGUUGCUUUCUCGAGGAGGGAAAUAUUUGAGGAUCGUAUUCUAUAGCCUGUCAAAGUAUAAUGGUGAUAAAAUGGUGUGCGUGCCGGCUUCUCAAGUCAAACAGAUAGCCGGAAGGGCAGAUGUCAAGAAAGUGGGGCUCUUCCCAUUUUAUGAGCAGGUUGAGCUAUUCGCAGGCCAGCUCCCGGAUAUGAAAUUCUCCAAGCUUCUUGAGAAUUUCUCUGAGAAUUGCCGGCUAGAUGGGUCCUACUUCCUCUGCCAGCACAUGCACAUAAGGAAAAUAGCUAAUAUGUUGGAUAAAAUUCAAGGGUUGUCUUUAGAAGACCGUUUUAACUUUUGCCUUGCACCGGUCAAUAUUCGGGACCCCAAAGCAAUGUACCAUCUCCUGAGGUUCGCGUCCUCGUAUGCUCAAAAGCUUCCCGUAAAUAUAGCCAUGGGCAUGCCCAAGUGUGCGGCCCGCAAUGAUUCGGAGCUUCUGGAUCUCGAGACCAGGCACCAGGUGCUUGCUAUGUACUUGUGGCUGUCUAAUCACUUUGAGGAGGAAAGGUUUCCUUUUGUCCACAAGGCCGAGACCAUGGGUACUGAUAUUGCGGGGCUACUGGCUGAGUCGCUUUUGAGGGCAAAUUGGAAGCCAGAAUCAAGAGGUGGACUGAAACCCAAGACGGAAAAGAAAGAGGAAAAUGGUUAUCACAGACCUAUGGCACAAAUUAAAUUACUGGAAAAGUGCGCCGUCUGA